AUGGUACAGUCAGUGGGCACUAUGGCGCUGGCCAGGGUCGGUAAAUGUUGUCGGUCGUUAGUACGCGAUCCCUCUAAAGUAGCGUUUUGUGGUGUUUUACAGCCAGGUGGGAUUGAAGGUUGCAUAGGAGCUAAGAGGCAUCUGUUGUCAGAAGAUGUUAUCAAACUACAAGACUUCCAGCAAAGGAAGCUGGCUGUGGCUCAUCUUGUCACUGGAUCGAAAGGAAAUUACAUUGAGCUAUUCAGCCAGAAGCUACAAAGGAAUGAGCUGAUUCUGAAAGAUGAGCUGAAGCUUCUCCUUCACUUGUGCCAGUCUGCCGAUGACAUGGUGAUAGCAAGAGAUGCCAUUUAUAGGUAUCACGCAGAGAACAGGAACUUGGUGUAUGGAGAGUUCAAGUUUGGUCCCCUCUUUGUGAGGCUGUGCUAUGAGCUGGGUCUGGAGAGCUUGGCUGCUGCUACACUUACAGAUAAGAAUAUGAGGGGAUUUUUCAACGACGCAACCUCCUUUAACAUCACCAUUGACAUGUUGUUCACUAAAGGCUCUUAUGAAAAUGCCUUGGAGGUACUAAGAACCAUGAGGGCCCAAGGUAUACCAUUCAACAAAGACACAUUGACACUGGCAGCUGGCACCUGUUUUAAACUGAACACGGCGGAGUCCUACACGAUCUGCACUUCUCUGAUAGAGGAGGGGCAGACCAAAGGGCAGUCCGUCCCCCGACAUGCUUACUGCUUUGCUGUAGCAUUAGCACUCAGACAAAAUGACAUAGAAAAUGCACAGUCGUUGUAUUCACGAAUAAUGACCACCGACGGCCGAUUAUGCCAAAAUCUGAAGGUCAUAGUACUAGCAAUGUCAGGAGCGGUGACGGAUGCCGUUUCCGUCCUGUCUGCAGCCCUGUUGCCUAAAAGCCCUUCUUUUGUGAAGAAGCUUGACUUUUCUCAGGAGGUGGUGGAUGUGCUGCGCUUGAGGAGUGAGGGUGGCCCACACAUGAUGACAGUGGAGCAGAUAGUGACUCAUCUUCAGCGAGCCGAUCAGGUGACCCAGCAGACCCUCGAUAGCAUGCUCUGCCGCACGCCCACGGGGAAGAGGAAACCAGCGCUGAUGAUGGAGGCGAGGAAGACCAGUCGAAGGACUCUGAAGUCACUACAGUCCACUCUGCUGUCGGAGUGAGAGACGCCGUGUGUUGCUCCAAAGCCUGCUUUCACUAAAGGCUCUGGUUUGAGGCUCAAUGCAAUAAGACAAACAACUCUGACUGGCUAGAGUGGACGUUGUCCUUGUUACUGCACCUACCUCUCCUUAAACCGACCCGAUCAUCCCUCUGCAGACCGGACUUUUGUCCAUUUCUUUUUUCAUCCAUGUCCAAUUUUUAAUUAAGAAGGUCACAGUCCACGUUUCUACAGCAGGCACAUUAACAGAAAGCUACUGAGAGACAUUUACAUAUGUAUUGAUUUCCUUGCAAGGAACUCACAUGGGUAUUGAGUGAUUUGGGAAGAAUAUGUUGUAUAUAAAAGUGUGAAUGGGUAAUUAAAGAUGAAUCGGAUAUUUAAUAGCAAGUUUCUCCGCUUGUCUUGAUGUGAAGGGCUGCUGGUGAAAUCAGGAUUGCUGUGAAUAGCUUCACAAUGUUUUAAGUAUUAAAACAAUAGUGGAUCAUAUGUACAUUUCAAAGUGCACCUGAUAAUAUGUUACUUAAAUAAUUGUGACCUAUUCUUUCAACAACCUUCUUUUUCAAAGAUUGUUGGUUAUUUAUUUAUUAUAUUUUGCUCUAAUGUAAUGGUACGCAGGAAAGGCACAAACCAAACAAAUACCCAAAACUGUCACUCCAGGUUUUUCCUCUGUACAUAUAAUCAAAAAACAUGUAGUAACAUAUUUAUUACAACGCCAAAAAACAGCUGAGCCCUCCCUGUAUGUAAACAAACCAUGACGCGCAUCAGAUGCAUCCCACAAUGCACCGCUGGGCAGCCAGAGGAGAACAACGGAGCAGCCUCCCAAACAAACAGCGUGGGCAGUGUACAGUUUAUAAUACAAUAAAAACAAAGAGUUCAGGAUAGUUUCUGCUCUUUUAAUAAGGCCGCUAGAGAGUUCAGGACUAAUGCAGCGGUGAUAUCCACUCCUAGCGGCGGCUGGGUGGUGGUGCUGUUUAGCAUUAGCUAGCCUGUUAGCUGGUACUAAAGCAGCUGGUCACAAACAAAACAAAGGAAAGAAAAGAUCAUUUAAAAAAAAAUACUUACAACUUUAAGUUAAAUCUGUAUCACCGGUAGGGACCGCUGUGUCGUAAUAAUCAAGUUUAGCAGUUAGUUUGUUGAGACUGGCGUAACGUUACAUACUUAACGAAGCUGUUGUUAGGUCGUCUGAGGAUUGACAUCUGUGAACACUGGCUUUAGCUUCAGCUAACAACGCUAGAA